CACAUUUGAUCAGAAAUCAGUUAAAUCAAAGCCAUGAUCAGAUUUUUAUUCCAGGACAUGUCAUAUAUCUUUAAACACAGAUGAAACCAAUUGGUCAUCUUUCAUCAUUGGCCGAAAGAGAAAACGAAGUUCUCACAGUGCUCAGGUGUACGACUCCAGCAUUGAUGCGGCUGAAAACCAUCAGCCCGCUAGUGUUGGUGAGGACACUGAGAUGCCAAUGAGAAAGAGAAGGAGGAUGGAUAGCAAUUUCUGUGACUGGAACGGCAGCUCAGAUCAAGAUACUGCUGCGAAAUAUGAAAGAAGUGCUGAGGGUAAAUCAAAUGACCAUUUGAAAUUGUGUAAAUGUUUACUAGAGCUCAUUAAGUCUACAUAAUGUUCAGGGAUAUUUAAGUAUCCAUUAAUGGUAACUUUAAUGUUUUACAUUCCCUGCUUUAGAUCAGAUUUCUCGACGGUACAGCGCCUGUGCUCUAGAGGAUCAUGAUCUUCAGGAACCUCUUUCCAGUGGUCUUGAAGUCCGUCCUCCUGCAGAUCAGCAGGUUCAAACCCCUCCAGAUUCAGUCCACCUUAGUCCAGAACCAGAUCAGAACAGAGUGGACGUGACGAAUGAGGGUGAGUUUACAGCCAUAACCUCAAACGUUACACUCACUGCUGUCCAUUCUUGACAUUUCAUGUCAACUAAAAUGAUUCAUCUUUUAACAGAUGACAUUCUGAGCCGGUAUGAAAUUGGCAGAAUGCUUGGUAAAGGAGGAUUUGGAUCUGUCUAUGAAGGGAGACGCUUGGAGGAUGACCUUGAGGUGUUGUCAUUUUUCUACAAUAUUUAGCUAACAAAUUGUUUUGUCUCACUAUAUCCAUUUGAAAAUAUUUAGUGCACUUGACAUGUUGGAAAUGUAACAAUGUUUUCGGUUGAUCAGGUGGCUGUGAAAAUUGCCAGAAAGCCACCGAACAUGAAAUACAUCUACAUUCCUGGUCAUCCCACACCUCUUCCAUUAGAGGUCGGCCUGUUGAUGCUUGUUAACAUGGGCCCUAAAGUUCCAGAGAUCAUUGAACUGCUGGACUGGCAGGACCAGCCUGACCAAUACGUCAUGAUCUUGGAGCGUCCCCCAUCCUGCCAAGAUCUGAAGACGUUUACAGCAUUCCACGGCGGCACCCUCAAUGAGGACACCGCACACUUUAUCAUGAGGCAGGCAACAACGGCCGCUCACAUGUGCUGUCGCCGUGGAGUCUUCCACCGUGACAUAAAGCGGAACAAUUUGCUGAUAAACACAGAAACUCUUGAUGUCAAACUGAUUGACUUCGGGUGCGGGGAUCUCCUGCAGGAAUCCGCUUAUGAAAGAUUCUUUGGCACUCGAAAGUACUUCCCACCUGAGUACUUCACAGAGGGCAAGUACCACGGUAAACCAGCAACUGUGUGGUCUCUGGGAGUCGUCUUAUUCUUGAUGGUGUGUGGACAUCAUCCAAAACCCAGAGACAUUCAGAUGAUUGAUGACGGCACCUGGAUCAAACCUGGCUUGUCAAACGAAUGUUGCCACCUGAUUCGAUCCCUCCUGCAGCAAAACCCAAGCCGGCGGAUCGAGUUGAGGAAAAUCCUUCGACAUGAAUGGUUUAAGGUCACAGAAUAAGACAUGGAAUAUCCAAAAAAUGGAAACUUUGACGCCAUAGUUCCAGAGUUCAUAAAGUCAGCUUAGCAUCUGGUGGCCUGACACAAGUGGCAUCCCUCCAUGCCUUGGCUGGCGACCCUUGGCUUGUGGCAGUAAUAUUAGCAUCUGGCGAUAUUACUUGUCUAGCAACAGUAUAAAAAUUCCCCAUCACAGCCGACUUUAUGGCAGAGCUGCAUCACAUGGUCAGAAUUCCUCUUCAUUUGAAAGCUGCUCUUGCCACGGCACUGCACUGGAUGUCACAGAAUUUCCGGCUUUUGGCCACUUCAUCCCUCUGCUUAGCAUCUAGCAGGCUGAUAUGAGUGGUCCCACAAUGCUUUAGCACAUUGUAAAUGCAAUGUAGAUACUGUAAAUUAUAUUACAAAUCUGUAUUUGUUCCUGAACAAGUAGUUUUGACUCAGGGAAAAGUUGUUUCAUAACUUUAUAUUUUUAUUAAACCUUUGUAUUUUUGAUGUUUGCUGUUGUACAAACUUGGCUGUUCUUGUUAAUUAAAAAUUAUUAUUCAAUAAAGAAUAUUUUAAUAAAUAAUAUUGGCGUACCUGUUAUUGAGAAACUGUGUGUUAGU